GGGCGCAAUCGGGAUCAGCAGAUGGACAAGUCCUGACUCCUGACCCGUUCUACCCAACACCAGGCGAGAAAGCCAGACAGACUUAAAAGGCGGUCAGAAUUUGGAGACAGUCGCAGAAUUCUUCUCAUCGCUUCAGAGUUUUCGGUUGCUUAGGCGGCUGAACGUGCGAAACGAUAUCUCAUGAAAAGAAAGUUCCUCGGACAUCCAGCUACCUCAUCGCCCCUUGGACCCGAAGAUCGGAUCAAGUGAGGAGAUACUGGUCAGCAUGAGGAGUAUUCAUAAACUUAAUGCAGGUGGAAUUCCCCAUUGCUCCCAUGCAUGAUUGUUCCCAAAAUACAAUUGAACAAAGGAACUUGUUUGGUAGCAGAGGGUGACUAGGAUAAACCCUGGGGUAGACUCUUAGCGGAACAAAUUACCCUUCUAGUAAUUCUUACUACAUGCAGACCAAGUUGUGAAUCUCGAAUGAGUAAUUCGUUGUUCCUACCUUACCUUACCGAGGGGAUUAUUGAGGAAGGCUGAGAACUUGAGAAGCGGGAGAGGGGUACGUAUGAUUAAAGUUUAGCGUUGCCUCGCCUGGGAACGAAGUCCGUGCCCUGAGCUUUCGUUGCAAUGUCAACAACGUUGCGUGACCGUAUACUUAGCAGCUCCUUGAAAUACUCCAGAUCGCAAAAUGUUUUCUCUACCAAGUUUAGCACCGCAGGAUUCCUAUUCAUUAUGGUAUACCUCGUCCACAAGCCCCAACCCAUCAGCUUUCGCCGACCAACCCUCACCAUCCAAUCCGCAUGACCAUACAACUACGCACCAACCGUCUAGACGCCAUCUGCCCACACACCGAAGACCUCUCUCCCGCCUCCGACACGAUGAAGAGUACAUGGAGCGUCGCAAGAUCAACAUACAGAACUAUGGCAGCAGCUGGAUCAAGCCCCCGGGAAUCCAGAAAUCUCUUCACCAACAGCGCGAGGAGAAGCGCGAAAUGGAGGAACAUCAGGAAGCUCUGCGGCGCGAAGCCCUAGCACAGGAACUAGCCGAGGCAGAAGCUGCUGAAGGUGUAGAUGACCUGUUACAGGGGGAAGGUAUGGAUGGCGAAAUGGAGGAAGCAAGAGAUCUGGACGAUGAGGUACCGGAUGCCGAUGUAACGAGGCUGUUAGAUUCGGAUUCGGAGUCUAGCGAAGGGGAUGAGGAGAAUGACGUGGAAGAUGUACCGAGGAAUGUCCUAGCUUCACGAUUACCAGAUGAUGUCUACAGAGAGGCUUUAAUUCGGGGAGAUGAAGUACGUCAGACAAGGUUUGGGGAUCAGGGCUCGGUUGGGGACGAGGACGAGGGAGGAGAGGACUUGUUGCAAGAAGAAGAUUUGGUGCAUGAGCAUGACGAUCAACAGCACGAUCUGGACAUGAAUAUGGACGGUGACCUGGACGAUGAUAUUCCGGAGGCUUCAGUCGAUGGAUACGAGCAUACUGACACGGAGGAAGAGCUGUCAAGCAGUGAGGAGGAGAGUGGGGAUGACAGUCAGUUGCCACAACGCGCUGCCGCCUCUAGUAUGGUCAGGAGUGAUGGGACACAGAACAGCAUGGAUUUGAGUAUGCUGAUGUCGGGAAGUAGUCAGCUGGGAAGCAGCCCUCGACGACUAUCCGGAUUCCGCAACAGGAGAGGACGAUCUUCUUAGAAAGCCUUCAAGAUCGUUGAAGGAAAGCUAUCCUUGAAUUCGCCUUAGGGACCAGCAGAGAGCAGCACAAAGCUUGUAUGAAAGGUUUAGCAUGUAGCUAACACCCACAAGCCCAUGAGAAAAAAACAAAUUAGAU